ACCUAACCCAAGUAGUUUGAUAGCAGGGCAUCCUACAUCUAAUCCUAAACGCCCAGCGAAAUUUACUUUUAGAUACCUACCUACCUACCUAGAGGUAAUCAUGACACUCUCCACGAUCCGGCUCGCCACGGCGUCCCCGGGCACGCAGGCGACCACCAAGGAGACCCUCGCACAGCUGCGGCGCAUCGCGCGGCGCGCCGCGGACCAGAAGGCGGACAUCCUGCUCCUGCCGGAGGCGUAUCUCGGCGGGUACCCGCGCGGCGCGGACUUCGGGUGCAGGAUCGGGUCCCGCACGGCCGAGGGCCGCGAGGACUACCUGCGCUACUUCAAGGCCGCCGUCGAUCUGGGGGAUACCGUGGGCGACGGCGCGGGGGCCGGGGAGGCUUGGGUUAGGAGGCAGUUGGGGAGUGUUGAUACUAUUGCUGGUGGUGAUGCGCAGAGACAGGAACAGGGACAGGUGGAUAGAGGGGAUGGGACGAGGGAGGAGUUGGAGAGGAUCGCGAGGGAGACGGGGGUGUUUAUCGUGGUGGGACUCGUGGAAAAGGCUGGGGGCAGCUUGUACUGCUCUGUUGUGUAUGUCUGCCCUAAGCUCGGGGUUAUUGGGAAGAGGAGAAAAGUGCAGCCGACAGGUACAGAACGGCUUGUUUGGGCACAGGGAUCUCCUGCCACUCUCAAAGCAGUAAGCACCAUGAUCCGCGGUGUUCGUAUCAACCUGGCUGCUGCUAUCUGUUGGGAGAACUACAUGCCCCUCCUCCGGCAGAGUCUCUAUGCCCAGAACAUCAAUUUAUAUCUUGCACCUACGGCAGAUGGCCGUGAUGCCUGGUUGUCGUUAAUGCGCACCGUAGCCCUCGAGGGCCGCUGCUUCGUCGUCAGCUCGAACAUGUGCGUGCGCGGGGACCCUGCCAACCCUACCGCCAAUCUGGCACCCUCGCACAACCACAAGCAGGGCGCUGCAAUCCACAGCGAGCACCAGAGAAGCGCGACGACCGGAAGGCGCAGCUCGUUCAUGACCGAAGACGGCUUCGAAAUCGCCCUGCCCGUAUCCCCUACCUCCCCAAGCGCGUCCGGGAAGCCCAGGCUGGCGAGCCGCGGCAGGAGACGCUCCGUGUUCGACGAGGACGGCAACGAGAUCGCGCUGCUGCUGCCGCAGGGAGGGGACUUGGGUGCCGCGCCCGCGGUAGUCGAGGAGGAGCAGGAGCAGGAGCAGGAGCAAGAAGAAGCCAAAGAACAGGCCAAAGCCAAGACCGACGAGUCGCCAUCGGCACCGGCGAGAGCUCCCGUCGCGCCACCAAGCCCUCGAGGUAGUUUCAUCUCCCGCGGCGGGUCGAGCAUCGUUUCUCCGUUCGGAGACGUGAUUGCCGGGCCGCAGUGGGAGGGGGAGGACAACGAAGGGAUUAUCUACGCGGGUGUUGAUUUUGACGACUGUGUUCGUGGCAGGCUGGAUUUGGACGCGGCGGGGAGUUAUUCGAGGAAUGACUCUUUCAAAUUAUCCGUAGCGGGUUUGGAUCUUGAUCCCUUACCAUACUACUAAUUUCAUCUUUUAUAUAUUAGGUAUAUAUAUAUUUGCUCUUCGUAUACGCCAUUCUCCAAUCAUGGCUGUGGUCGAGUCGAAAAUACCACGAUAUAGGGCACUCUACGGGCCAGUCUAGUUGUACAAGUCUCCUUAGAUCGAGUGAUAUGGAUCGGUCUUGGUAUAUAGUAAAGAGAUCUAGGCUGCUAGGUAAGAAAGUUUACACAUAUUACGAUGAAUCAACCCCAUAUAUUAGUAUUAGGCACAAACCGUGGUUCAAAGACUACCGGUAGGUAAUAAGAGCAACUCAAUCGCAAUCUUGUUCUAGAAUUCAGUUACAAGUACAGUAAACGGGUAUCUAAUUUCGC